GGCGGAGAGUCUGAGUUUUGUUACGGUCCGCAGCUGCAUUGUAACACUUUGCAUUACAUUGUGACAAGGCGGUAAUAUCGAGAGACUAGUAAUGAGUCGACAACUGUGUGGAGGCGUUGGCUCCGAGAAAACUGCCACACCGGACAUUCAGCAGAUUGCUGAUUCAAUGAAGUCUAAGAUCGAAGAAAAGGCGAACAAAACAUUUGAUGUGUUUGUUGUAAAAUCUUACAAAACUCAAAUUGUAUCUGGGACCAAUUAUUUCAUGAAAAUCCACGUCGGUGGUGAUGACUACAUACAUGUAAGAUUAUAUCAAGAUCUUCCUUGCAGGAAUAGUGAAAGAGAAAUAUCUGCCGUACAGACCAACAAAUUACACACUGAUGAAUUAGCCUAUUUUUAAAACACAUCUUGAUUUUAGUGCGCUAGGCUGGAGCAAAAGCAAUUUCUCAGCUUGUGUAUUCACUUGCUCACUUUCAGUGCCUCUAUAUCUUGGUGGGGAAAAUACACUUGUAUUUUUAAAAUGCUAAUUAAAGCUUUUCUUCUCCCCACCCUCUGAACUUCAGUGCGAAUUGAGAUGUUUAACAAGUAAUCUGAUUUCUUUCUGUUCUUUACCAUAGUUUUAAGGAAUGGAAAAUUAGGUACAAUUGUUUCAAAAGUUACAAGUACGCUUGGAAAAUCAACUUAAUGAACUAAUCCACAAAAAGGGACAAAUCCAGCAGCCAGAAUGUUCAUUGGUUAGCUGGUUUUGCUCCAUACUAGGUUUAACUAUGGAGAUCCUACAUGUUAGAAAAAGUGUAAUGUCAUUUUUUUUAACCAUCUAAACUUGAUGGAAAAUGAUUGAGUAACCUAUGAACAUAAUGAAGACGUUUGUUUAUAAAUCUUGUUUACUGGAGGUUGAAAUAGGAAACAAAUUCAAAUAUGCUUUUAAGUAAUUCUGCGUUGUAAUAAAUAAAUAUUACUCAUCAUACUGGAAA